AUGUUUCGUGUGGGCACGGCUAUGGGAGGUGGAGGUGGCGGUGGCGGAGGCGGCGGUGGUGGUGGGGGAGGGGCCGGGGCGGCGGAGCAGCGUGCGUCCGAGAGACAGAACACCUCACACCAUCUACCGAGCGGAUGGGACCACAAAAGGAAGUCGCUGCCCAAGAUAGUCGGCUCGAACGAAGGCUGCGAUCAAAACGCCGGUCAAGUCCACGUUGGAGAAGCGAACCAGGGCUUCUACCAACAAGCCGCCGGAAAUGGAGCUGCAGGCCCGGGUGGAACCUCCGAAACUAACUUCGAACCAAUUACACAUGACCACUCACUCUGCGAGAGAGUCACCAUCAAUGUAUCGGGGCUCCGCUUCGAAACUCAGCUGAGGACUUUGAAACAAUUUCCGGACACGCUUUUGGGCGACGCCCGGCGUAGAAUUCGCUACUACGAUCCUCUACGAAACGAAUAUUUCUUCGACCGCAAUCGGCCCUCGUUCGACGCAAUUUUAUACUACUACCAGAGCGGUGGACGGCUGAGGAGGCCGGUGAGUGUCCCGUUGGACGUGUUCGCCGAGGAAAUCAAAUUUUUCGAGCUCGGAGAAGGAGCUUUUAACAAGUUUCGAGAAGACGAGGGCUUCAUCAAGGAGGAAGAGCGGCCGCUUCCUGCCAACGAAUUCCAAAGGAAAAUGUGGUUGUUAUUCGAAUACCCGGAAAGCUCACAAGCCGCACGUGUAGUGGCCAUCAUCUCCGUGGUUGUAAUCCUGCUAUCGAUCGUGAUUUUCUGCCUGGAAACGCUGCCCGUGUUCAAGCACUAUCGGAUGUUCGCCGUCGCUGGGAACAAGACUCGUGUAGUUGAGGACGAAGUUCCAAAACUCACGGAACCGUUCUUUCUCAUCGAGACAUGCUGUAUCGUCUGGUUUACAUUUGAACUGGCUGUCAGAUUCUCAGCCUGUCCGUGCAAAUUCGCAUUUUUCAAAGACGUCAUGAACAGCAUUGAUCUAAUCGCCAUCAUUCCCUACUUUAUCACACUAGGUACGGUGAUCGCUCGUGAACGGGAAGGCCCCUCAUUGCUGCCGCCAGGAGAUAAGUCCUCGAAUCAGGCAAUGUCCCUAGCUAUACUUAGGGUCAUCCGCCUCGUGCGUGUGUUUCGAAUAUUCAAACUUUCACGGCACUCCAAAGGACUUCAAAUCCUCGGUCGGACUCUGAAGGCUUCUAUGAGAGAGUUAGGACUACUCAUAUUUUUCCUAUUCAUUGGUGUGAUACUAUUCUCAUCAGCGGUUUACUACGCAGAAGCUGACUCCGAAAGGUCGUACUUUAAGAGCAUUCCAGACGCGUUCUGGUGGGCUGUGGUCACCAUGACCACAGUGGGUUACGGAGAUAUGAGACCCGUUGGUAUCUGGGGCAAGGUGGUGGGUUCACUAUGCGCAAUUGCGGGAGUGCUCACAAUUGCUCUGCCCGUUCCUGUGAUCGUGUCCAAUUUCAACUACUUCUAUCAUCGGGAAACGGACCAAGAGGAGAUGCACGGGGCCCACAACUUCUCGCACGUAACGUCGUGCCCUUAUCUGCCUGGGGGCAACGGUGCGGGCGUUGAAGAGAUACCAUCCUCUCAGAAAGGCUCCAUGCAGUUCAAGCAGAGCGCUACCACCAUGACUUCUACCAACCCCAACAUAAUUACAGCGGCUUCGCCCACCAAUCAACAACGACUGGCAAGCAUGACUUGCAAGUCGUUGGAAGCAGAUUGCUGGUCGUGCUCUAGCGCAGGUGGGGGCGAAACUGAGGGCGCGCCCGAUCUGAACUCCUUGACGGCGCCUCUCACGGAGUCGACAGUGGCCCCAUCGCCUGAGAAACGCUUCGAGACCGACGUAUGA